ACCGUCACGGCACGGGAUAGAUUCCUUCUCCACCGGGGCCCGUCACCAGCCAGCAUAAAUACCCACCCCCUCCCCUCCUCCAAUCCUCACAACAGCUCCCAGGAACGGAACCAACAAAUCCACACCCAAUCUCGUCUCCGAUCGACUCGAGAGCUCGUCGAAUCCUCCUCCCCCAUCGUCUCAAGAUGCAGAUCUUCGUGAAGACCCUCACUGGCAAGACCAUCACUCUGGAGGUUGAGAGCUCUGACACCAUUGACAAUGUUAAGGCUAAGAUCCAGGACAAGGAGGGCAUUCCCCCGGACCAGCAGCGCCUGAUCUUUGCUGGCAAGCAGCUGGAGGACGGCCGCACCCUGGCCGACUACAACAUCCAGAAAGAGUCCACCCUUCACCUGGUGCUCCGCCUCCGUGGUGGUAUGCAGAUUUUUGUGAAGACCCUCACCGGCAAGACCAUCACUCUGGAGGUUGAGAGCUCCGACACCAUUGACAAUGUUAAGGCCAAGAUCCAGGACAAGGAGGGCAUUCCCCCGGACCAGCAGCGCCUGAUCUUUGCUGGCAAGCAGCUGGAGGACGGCCGCACCCUGGCCGACUACAACAUCCAGAAAGAGUCCACCCUUCACCUGGUGCUCCGCCUCCGUGGUGGUAUGCAGAUUUUUGUGAAGACCCUCACCGGCAAGACCAUCACUCUGGAGGUUGAGAGCUCCGACACCAUUGACAACGUCAAGGCCAAGAUCCAGGACAAGGAGGGCAUUCCCCCGGACCAGCAGCGCCUGAUCUUUGCUGGCAAGCAGCUGGAGGACGGUCGCACCCUCGCCGACUACAACAUCCAGAAGGAGUCCACCCUUCACCUGGUGCUCCGCCUCCGUGGUGGUAUGCAGAUUUUCGUGAAGACCCUCACCGGCAAGACCAUCACUCUGGAGGUUGAGAGCUCCGACACCAUCGACAACGUCAAGGCCAAGAUCCAAGACAAGGAGGGCAUUCCCCCGGACCAGCAGCGCCUGAUCUUUGCUGGCAAGCAGCUGGAGGACGGCCGCACCCUUGCAGACUACAACAUUCAGAAGGAGUCCACCCUUCACCUGGUGCUCCGCCUCCGUGGUGGUAUGCAGAUUUUUGUGAAGACCCUCACCGGCAAGACCAUCACUCUGGAGGUUGAGAGCUCCGACACCAUUGACAACGUCAAGGCCAAGAUCCAGGACAAGGAGGGCAUUCCCCCGGACCAGCAGCGCCUGAUCUUUGCUGGCAAGCAGCUGGAGGACGGUCGCACCCUCGCCGACUACAACAUCCAGAAGGAGUCCACCCUUCACCUGGUGCUCCGCCUCCGUGGUGGUAUGCAGAUUUUCGUGAAGACCCUCACCGGCAAGACCAUCACCCUUGAGGUUGAGAGCUCCGACACCAUCGACAACGUCAAGGCCAAGAUCCAAGACAAGGAGGGCAUUCCCCCGGACCAGCAGCGCCUGAUCUUCGCUGGCAAGCAGCUGGAGGACGGCCGCACCCUUGCAGACUACAACAUUCAGAAGGAGUCCACCCUUCACCUGGUGCUCCGUCUCCGUGGUGGUCAGUAAUUGCUCUGGCGUUUGACCUGCUGGUUUAUCCUGGUCGUCCGGUGGGUGGUGCCCUGUCGUUCAUUUGAACUGUUUCUCGUUCGUGUCAGUCCUACUGUGUUGGUUUAAUGAACUAUCGAGUCCCCGUGUUAUUUGUUGGUUGAAACGGUUGCUGGCACAGCAGUAUCGUUAUAAGUAAUGAAUAACUGAACUUCAGAUAUUGCGCUAA